AAAUCAGUCAUUUAACAACCUGCAAGUUGCUUUAGCAGUAGCGUAGUAUACUUUGUUUAUUCUUUCAGUAACAGGAAAAGCUUCAAGAAUUGAGGCAGGUGAGCUUGUACACAAUGAGUUCUUGCAUCUGCCCAAUUUCAUCUCCACUAAAAUCCAAAUUCCCAAAAUACCCACAAAUUAUUUUCCUUUUUCUUGGUAUUUGAAUUGGUCAUUUUUGCGAAAAAUUCCAUGGAUGCUGCAAUCUUGAAUUCAUCUUCAUUCACUACUACUUGCGAUAAACGUUCAUAUUCAGGCAUUUAUAAACGUGGGGUUGUGUCAAAAUUUAUUCUUUCUUACAAUUCAAGGUGCAAAAAUAAGUAUAAUAAAUCCUUAUGGUCGGACCCUUUCUCCUCAGAAACUGUGCAAAGUAGGAGCUUUAGUACACAGGAUUGUCCUUUUUGCCCUUGUAAUUUGAAGUGUAACAGACCCUUGUGGUCCGGUCCUUCCUUGGUCCCUGUGCAAAGUAGGAGCUUUAGUGCACAGAGUUGUCCUUGUAAUAGGCACUUGUUGUCCAGUUCUUCGUUGGUUUCCGGACAUAGUGGGAGCUUUAGUGCACGGGGUUGUGUAUUUUGUACUUAUAAUUUGAGGGGAGGUUUAAGAAAUGGGAUUUGUUUGUGUGUUAAAGGAGGAAAUGGGGAGUUUAAGAAUGUUCAAGAUUCAUAUAGGUCAUGUUUAAAAGUAUCUUUUUUGCAUUUUUUGUUGAAAAAAGGGGUGAUUUUGGUUGGGUUGAUAUGUGGGGUUUUUGUAAUUGGGUGUAGAAGAGUGCUUGCUGUUGAAGGGGUUAUAAGUGGGGGAUAUGGAGUUUUAGAGCAGGGUUUAGUUGUGUUGAGGAGUUAUUGGCCUACUGUUUUGUUGGUUUUAAGGAUGUUCAAAGAACAAGGUUUGAUUCUUGCAGCACUUCUUGGUCUUUCUGCAUUUUUUUCAAUGGCUGAGACAUCGAUAACUACGCUUUGGCCAUGGAAGGUACGAGAGUUAGCUGAAAAAGAAUCUGACAAUGAAGGAGUCUUCAAAAUGUUGAGGAGUGAUGUUACUCGAUUCCUUACAACUAUACUCAUUGGAACAACCGUUGUCAAUAUUGCAGCUACAGCACUAGUUACUGAGGCUGCAACUGCAGCAUUUGGUGAAGCUGGUGUGAGUGCAGCAACUGGAGUUAUGACGGUUGCGAUCCUGCUCCUAACGGAAAUUACUCCAAAAAGUAUUGCUGUUCACAAUGCCACAGAAGUUGCUAGGUUUGUGGUUAGGCCAGUUGCAUGGCUUUCCUUGAUACUAUAUCCAGUUGGAAGAGUUGUAACAUAUCUAUCAAUGGGAAUGCUAAAACUCCUCGGCUUGAAAGGAAGAAGUGAACCAUACGUCACUGAGGAUGAAUUGAAGUUGAUGCUGCGUGGGGCAGAGUUAAGUGGUGCAAUUGAGGAGGAAGAGCAGGAUAUGAUUGAAAAUGUGUUAGAGAUAAAAGAUACUCAUGUCAGAGAGGUAAUGACACCUCUUGUUGAUGUUGUUGCAAUCGAUGCCAGUGCAACGUUAGUUGAUUUCCAUACUUUGUGGGUGACACAUCAAUACUCCAGGGUGCCUGUUUUUGAGCAACGUAUAGAUAAUAUUGUUGGCAUUGCAUAUGCCAUGGAUCUGCUAGAUUAUGUACAAAAGGGGGAACUGCUGGAAAGUUCUAUUGUGGGAGACAUGGCACAUAAACCUGCGUACUUUGUUCCUGAUUCUAUGUCAGUGUGGAACCUUCUUAGAGAGUUCCGCAUCAGAAAGGUACACAUGGCUGUUGUUCUUAAUGAAUAUGGAGGAACCAUUGGUAUUGUAACCCUUGAAGAUGUGGUUGAGGAAAUUGUUGGUGAAAUCUUUGACGAAAAUGAUUCUAAAGAGGAAAUCCAGAAAAAAACUGGCUAUAUUGUCAUGAGGGCUGAGGGAAUAUACGAUGUUGACGCAAAUACCUCUAUUGACCAGCUCUCUGAAGAUCUCAAUAUUAAAAUGCCGGAGGGCCAUCAGUAUGAGACAGUCUCCGGUUUUGUCUGUGAAGCAUUUGGAUAUAUCCCAAGGACAGGCGAGACGAUUAAGCUUAUACUGGAAAGGGGAAAUGAAGACGAGGACAGCAAUUACAACGGCACAGAAUCUGAUCGCGCAGACCAAAACGAGAAGAACCAAACUUUUAAGCUCGAGAUAUUAGCAGGGAAUGCCAGAAAGGUCAGUGCUGUUCGAUUUGAACGGAUCAGUGACGAUGUAGAAAUAGAUACCAAUGAGGUAACGCGCCUCGUUCCCAAAAUCAUGACUAGAAAGUGGAAAAGUAACGGAGGAGCAGAUAGAAACAACCACGACAACCUCUCUUUUAUGGAGGGAAGAGACGAGGAUGAAGAUGAUUCCAACAAUUUUGUUAUGGCUGAACGCGAGGACAACCAUGAUGUUUCUAAUAAACAAUAACUGCAUCAGUUAUUGCAUUAUUAUUUAUAUAAAUUUGAUUAUACAUGCCGCGGGUUCAGUUUC